ACCAAAACUACAGAAAUUUAACGAUUUGCAAGAAUCAGCAAUUAGCUGUUCUAAGUUUAGCGAAAUUGGUAGCUUUCAAAUUAUCCGCAGAAUAAUUUCAAUUAAGAAAGUAAAAAUUCGCUUUUCUUACAUGGUGUGAAGUGAAGUUUUUAUUUAGCAUGGCAUUUGUUGAGAAGGAGUAUAGUAAGAGUGAUACGGAAGAACUGUUAAAGAAAUGGAAACGAUUAAAAGAAACAGGCGCGACUGAACGCAAUAAUAUCGCGUACGCUCAGAUUUGCGAUGAAUUAAGGAACGUGCAAAAAAAAAUUCAGACUAAAAGGAAGACAAAAGGUUUGUUGAAACAAUAUGCAUGUUCUACCAACGAGGAAGUGGAAAAGAAAAUUUUGAAGGAGAUGGUGAAAUCAUAUCGUCAGUUGUCUUUGAAUUUACCUGCGGCAGGCAAUGAAGUGUUUAGAGUAUUAAUGGACGAGGAAAGGAAAACAAAACAAGAAGACCGGAAUGACUUGGAAAUGUCGGAGGUGCAGACGGAUAUGUCACCAAUACCUAAGAACGAUUUUAGUUUUGUUGAACCAGAAUACCUGCAACCAUUAUCCUAUCGACAUAGAAUUCGGGCCCACAAUCAAAAGUUGCAGGACAUGGCUAUCCAUGUUCGAUUGACAAAUCGGAUACAUGAAUUGGAAGGCAUGUCUGCGGCAACUGAAGAUAUACCUACUUUACAUCACUUUGACGGAGAUCGAAUUCCUCAGCACGUACACUCUACAAAACGAAAUGCUUUGUUGGAACUGAAAAUGCUCAGACUAGCAAAGCGACAAGAGGACUUGCAUUCACAAAUCCGGCACUGUAAACCAUAUAUGCGUGUUCUUUUAAAUACAGCAGAUCGUGUUGCUUGCAAGCUUCCUAAGCCAGCACCCCAAGCUACACGUCUAACCGAGGCGUUAGAACGACAGCAACGUAGCGAUCGGGAACGUCGACUAAAACAACGCCAAUAUGAUUACCUGCAAAAUAUUUGUUCUCAUGGACGAGAACUUGCUGCUCGCACGAAAAAUGCCCAGGCUAGAGCUCAGAAAUCGAAUCGCGCUGUAUUGGCAUACCAUUCUCAUAUUGAAAAGGAAGAGCAAAGACGUGCUGAACGCAAUGCGAAGCAAAGAUUGCAGGCUUUGCGAGAAGAUGAUGAGGAGGCCUACUUAAAAUUAAUUGACCAGGCUAAGGAUACCAGAAUUACUCAUCUUCUUCGGCAGACCGAUAGUUAUUUGGAUUCUUUGGCAAGCGCCGUCAAGGAUCAGCAAUCUCAGUCAGGUGGUGCUUAUGAUGAAGAUUUUGAUCGUUCUGUCGCUGGUGAUAGUGAAAAGAAAGUAGAUUAUUAUAACGUUGCUCACAAUAUUCAAGAAGUUAUUGUUGAUCAACCAUCUAUUCUGGUCGGUGGAAAACUGAAAGAGUAUCAAAUUCGCGGUCUUCAGUGGAUGAUAUCCUUGUACAAUAACCAUUUGAACGGUAUUUUGGCCGAUGAAAUGGGUCUUGGUAAAACUAUUCAAACUAUAUCUUUGGUCACUCAUUUGAUUGAGAAGAAACGCCAGAAUGGUCCUUUCCUGAUUAUCGUUCCUUUAUCUACCUUAACAAAUUGGGCUAUGGAAUUUGAACGUUGGGCUCCUUCAAUCUCAAAAAUUGUCUAUAAAGGACCUCCUUUGGUCCGUAAGGCUUUACAGCCACAAGUCCGUCAUGGGAAUUUCCAAGUUUUAUUAACCACUUUUGAAUACAUCAUCAAAGAUAGACCCAUUCUUAGUCGUAUAAAGUGGGUUUACAUGAUUAUGGACGAAGGCCAUCGAUUAAAAAAUACACAGUCCAAAUUGACUAGUACAUUAAUGACCUAUUAUUCAUCACGGUUCCGUCUAAUUUUAACAGGGACUCCACUUCAAAAUAAUUUACCUGAGCUCUGGGCAUUGCUUAAUUUUGUACUCCCUAAGAUUUUCAAGUCUGUCAAAAGUUUUGAUGAGUGGUUUAAUACUCCGUUUGCUAAUACUGGAAAUCAAGACAAGAUCGAGUUAACAGAAGAAGAAUCUUUAUUGGUGAUUAGACGUUUACACAAAGUAUUGCGUCCAUUUUUGCUUCGCCGAUUAAAGAAGGACGUUGAGUCUGAGCUUCCGGAUAAAGUUGAGAAGGUAAUUCGCUGUCAAAUGUCUGGAUUGCAGCAGAAAUUGUAUCAUCAAAUGAAAAAGCAUGGUAUUCUGUUUGUUGAGGAUGAAAACAAAGGCAGAGCAGGUAUAAAGGGUCUUCAAAAUACGGUGAUGCAGUUAAAGAAAAUCUGCAAUCAUCCUUACGUUUUUGAAGAUGUCGAACGGUCGAUUGAUCCGACAGGUUUAAAUUAUGAUAUGUUGUGGAGAGUCUCUGGUAAAUUUGAGCUAUUAGAUAGAGUGCUUCCUAAGUUGUUUCGUGCGGGCCAUCGAGUCCUUAUGUUCUUCCAAAUGACCCAGAUUAUGAAUAUCAUGGAAGACUAUUUACAUUACCGUCAUUUUCGUUACCUGCGUUUGGACGGUUCAACUAAAGCGGAUGACCGAUCUAAGCUACUCGGUGUCUUCAAUGAUCCUACGGCGGAUAUUCAGAUAUUUUUGUUGAGUACUCGAGCUGGUGGUCUAGGAUUGAAUCUUCAGAGUGCUGAUACAGUCGUUAUUUUUGAUUCUGACUGGAAUCCUCAUCAAGAUUUACAAGCACAAGAUCGUGCUCAUCGUAUUGGUCAAACUAAGGAAGUUAGAAUUUACAGACUUAUCACUGAAAAAUCUGUAGAAGAGAAUAUUCUUUCUCGAGCUCAAUACAAAUUAGACAUUGACGGAAAAGUUAUUCAGGCUGGUAAAUUUGACAACAAAUCUACGCCAGAGGAAAGAGAAGCAUUUUUGCGAUCCUUAUUAGAAAACGAAAACGGUGAGGAACAUAAUGAUGAAAAGGGAGAAUUGGACGACGAUGAAUUAAAUGAAUUACUUGCACGUAAUGAUCAGGAACUUGAGUUGUACAGAAAAAUGACUCAAGAGGAUGAUGAAAAUAGUCCUUACAGUAAAAGCAAAGGAAAAGAAAGACUUAUUCAAGUGGAGGAGCUUCCGGAGUUCUAUCAACAAGAACAGCCUGUUAAAGUUGAAGAAGCCCCACAAAAUCUUGAAGAUUUGGGACGCGGUGCUCGACGUCGUAUUCCUGUGGUGUACGACGAAGCUGCUAGAGAUGCUCAAUGGCUAAGUGAGAUGGAAAUGGAACCGGAAGUUAAGCCAACUCGUGGUAGACCCAAGAGGAGCUCAAACGCAGUUGAAGAGCCUCCUCAGCUUGGAAUCAAUGGGAAACCAAAACGCAAGCGAGGUCCUGCACCUGAUACUUUAACUUCUGAACAUAGGUCUCUUCUUCGUCGUGUUUGUCUUGAGAUUUAUAAUGCAGUUUAUGAGUUGAAAGAUGAGCAUGGCAGACAGAUAAAUGCCAUGUUUCUUGAGGUUCCCAGUAAGAAGCUUUAUCCAGAUUAUUAUUUAAUAAUCAAAGCACCUAUUGCUCUUGAUAUCAUACGAAAGCAUAUAAACGGAACUUAUUAUAAAUCGUUAGAUGCAAUGAUUUCAGACUUCAUGACGAUGUUUAAUAAUGCUCGUACGUAUAAUGAGGAAGGUUCUUUCGUGUAUGAAGAUGCCAAUUACAUGCAAGCUGCUAUGGAAAAGAAGAUUCAGGAAUUCGAAGAGAAUGGCACACUUACAACUUUACGUGGAAUGGAUUUAGAAGCAAUUGCGCAGCAAGAAGAACGUAUAGAAAAUGAAGCGUAGGUUCACAAGUACUAUUUCUUUCCUAACUGAAGCAUCAGUUUUCGAGUUUCCUAGGAAUGUUUCCUUCAGUUUUGAUGUUCAUAAAGUUUGUUAUAUUUGGGCUGUUUUUAUGAUCGCUCAAUUUUUUGUACACUAUAAAAACUAAUUAUUAUAAAUAGACUACUAAUGUGCCUAAACCGCCAAAACCAGUAAAUUGAAUUUUUCAGUUUGCAUAUUUGUUAUUGUUUACUUUCGAUCGUAGUGAAGUCGUUGGUUAAUGACAUUGACUAUUGUUUAUGGGCCACACGGUCUGUUGACGCAGCAGAG